AUGUUAGCUACAACCUGGCUGCUGUCUGGGCUGGUGUAUGCGCAGCAGUUCAAUUCAAGGUUCUUUAAUCCUAUCUUGCCUGGGUUCCACCCUGAUCCAAGUUGUAUCUUCCACAAGUUGGACUCAACGUUCUACUGUGCAUCUUCGAGCUUCAAUGUCUUUCCUGGAAUCCCGAUUCAUGCAAGUAAGGAUUUGACUAAUUGGAGAUUGAUUGGCCACGCACUCAAUCGAGAGACCCAGUUACCCGAGCUUGCGGCCUCCGUCGGUUCGACAAGUGGCAUUUGGGCACCGGCACUUCGCUUUCAUAAUGGCACAUUCUAUCUUCUAACUACCAUGGUGCAUGACAAGAAGGCGACCAAUGAUUCGUCGAGAUGGGAUAAUAUUAUCUUCUCAACGCCGGAUCUAUGGGAUAAUAACAAGUGGAGUAAUGCUGUGCAUUUUGACUUCAACGGGUAUGACGUUAGCCCGCACUGGGAUGAUGAAGGGGACUCGUACAUUGUGGGCAGCCAUGCUUGGAAGGUAGCGUAUGGUAUCCAUCUCAACAGGGUUGACCUCAAGACUGGAGCUUUGCUUGGCAACUGGGCGAACUUGUGGAAUGGCACCGGUGGAAUCGCACCUGAAGGUCCACAUAUUUUCAGGAAAGAUGGCUACUACUACCUGAUGAUCGCCGAAGGAGGUGGCACCGGCCUGGAUCAUAUGGAGACGAUCGCUCGCUCUAAAGAUCUCUAUGGGCCUUACGAUCCCAACUCAGUAAACCCUAUUUUGACAAACGCAAACAGCUCAGAAUAUUUCCAAGCUGUAGGACACGCCGACCUGUUCCAAGAUGCGCGAGGCCAAUGGUGGGGCGUUGCUUUGGCCGUACGCUCUGGUCCCGAAUGGUUGACAUUUCCCAUGGGUCGAGAGACAAUCCUUACCAAUGUGACGUGGGAAAAUGGGACCUGGCCUGUAUUCCACAACCCGGUCCAAGGUGACAUGCGAGGAUGGUCAUUACCUGGCAUUAUUCUUGACCUUCCAGGCAAUGGCCCCUUCGUCGAUGAAGGAGAUAAUAAGCUCACAUUCCCUCCAAACUCGUCAAUACCCCCACACUUCGUCUACUGGCGCCCUCCGAACGUAGAAAACUACGCCAUCUCCCCUCCAGGCCACCCAAACACGCUCCGCCUGAAGCCCUCAAAGCUUAAUCUAACAGCUCUCGACGGCAACUCUCCCGGACCCGGCGGCCAGACUUUCAUUUCAAGGCGCCAAGUCGACACGCUCUUCACCUUCUCUUUCGAUCUAGCCUACCAACCCACCACCCUCAACGAAGAAGCAGGCAUAACUCUCUUCCUCUCGCAAAAUCACCACGCCCGCUUCGGCAUCGCCAUGCUGCCCCUCGCCGCCAAUGGCAUCCUAGUGCCGCACUUCCGCUUCCACGCUAUAUCCCACAUACGCGUCCCACCCGAUUUCACGGCCCCUGUUGACGAAACAUGGCGUUACAAGCCUCUAACGCUGACGCUGAGGACAGUGAACAUAACGCACUAUGCAUUCGGCGCCGGGCCGGCUGACGGCUCGGUUCCGCUUAGGACGAUUGCGUAUGUAUCUGGCGACAUAAUUUCUUGGGGUUUUACCGGUGCACUUCUGGGUGCAUAUGCGACGAGCAAUGGCGGGAACGGGACGGCGGAGGCCUAUGUUACGAAUUGGAAUUAUCAGGGUUGGGGACAGGUGAGAGAGAAUUGGAAUGGGACUGUUUUAGCCAAGGGGAUAAAGGAAGCGAGCUUGUUAUGAAACAAAGCUAUUACUGUGUAUUACAGAGAGCGUACAGAAAACUAGAAAGAUACAGAUGAAAUACAGAUAGAUAUGGUUGCAGCAACCCUUGAAUAUGCGGACUCGACCGCUAUAAAUGAUGCGAAACCGUUAACAUCACCUCUGUCCGAUCAUUGACGUGACCGUCUCCUUUCAACAGGCACCUUAAACAAGAGAACAAUGACUGGGUCAAUUGGCCAAUAAGUUGUGAUGACGCACCCGUCCUGCAGUUUCCUCGCCUUCACAGACCAAUCCUGCUACUUGUAGGUGAACGUGGUUUUGGUCUCUCGAAGAAUUUCCGCCCCCUAAAAAGCUUAUCCUUGGGCCAGUGGAUAAAAGAAACUGUACUUCCAUCUAGCGUAUAACUCACCAGGGCCUUGCUUUCCGGUAGUAACUCUGCGAGGAAUCGUCCUUCUCCGAAACUUUGAGAUGUGCUUCGACUCAUGGCUACCGAUUAGUUCAGUGAGCUCUUCAACUUCG